CACUUCCUUGACAGAGAAGAAAGUAGAAAGAAAAACACUACCUUUCAUUGGCGAGGACGGACGCACGCUUUUUUUAAUAUUUUGAUUGGAUCAAACAAAUUAUGGCUGGACUUGUCCACUUGGCGAGAAUUUGCAGUAAACAUCAACAAUACUUCAGCAGCCAUAGAACUUUCAGUACUUUGGGACGUUAUCAAUUCUGCAAAUUCAAUGCUCCCGGUCAGCAUCAUCGUGUGGCAGCAAAUUUGCUGCUUAGCUCCCGCACGACUGUGACCAAGGUGGACGAUGGCUCUUCGACAAAAGACCCACACAGAAAGAAGAUAACACCAUUUACUCCAACGCCGGGUAGUAAAUUGCUAGGUGGUGUUUUUGUUAAGAAGGGACCAAAAGGUCCAGCCCAACAUGUACAAACAUUGCAACAACAACAACAAAAACAACAACUCCAAAUACAACCGUUACGACAAUGUCACGUUCAUCUAGGAGGUGGUGGUGAUGGGGGUAGUAAUCUAGGAAAAUUAGAUGCACCAGAAGUGACAUCCAAAGAUAUGAUAAGGGCAAUGAUGGCCUACAUUUGGCCCAAAGAUGAUGCUCUGGUUAGGAAAAGAGUUGCCAUAUCAUUGGGUCUAUUAGCUGGUUCCAAAGUCCUGACUGUCUGUGUGCCAUUUUUAUUUAAGGGAGCUGUGGAUACAAUGGGUAGUCUAACAAUGGAUACACCUGCCGAUACAAUUCUAACCACCGCCACAGCCAUGUUAAUUGGAUAUGGUAUUGCCCGUGCCAGUGCGGCCGGUUUCAAUGAGCUGCGUAAUGCCGUCUUUGCCAAAGUCGCUCAUCACUCCAUUCGUAAAAUAGCCACCAAUGUAUUUUUACAUUUACACAAUCUGGAUUUGGCAUUCCAUCUAAACAAGCAGACUGGUGCAUUAUCUAAGACCAUCGAUCGUGGUUCUAGAGGAAUUAAUUUCGUUUUAACUGCCAUGGUAUUUAAUAUCGUUCCCACCAUUUUUGAACUGGCUUUAGUAUCCAGCAUAUUGGGUAUAAAGUGCGGUCUAGCAUUUGCCGGUGUUUCAAUGGGUUGUGUCGGCGUUUAUGCUGCCUACACACUCUCGGUGACACAAUGGCGUACAAAGUUCCGUGUUUACAUGAAUCAAGCCGAAAAUGAGGCUGGCAAUAAGGCUGUGGAUUCCCUAAUUAAUUACGAAACAGUUAAAUAUUUCAAUAAUGAAAAAUUCGAGGCUGCACGAUAUGAUCAAGUUUUGAAAAAAUACGAAUCGGCCAGUUUGAAAACCAGUUCAAGUUUGGCUGUUUUGAAUUUUGGUCAAAAUGCCAUUUUCAGUACGGCCUUAAGUGUGAUAAUGGUUUUGGCCGCCAAUGAAAUAGCCAAGGGCAAUAUGACAGUGGGAGAUUUGGUUAUGGUCAACGGUUUACUCUUUCAAUUGAGUAUCCCGUUGGGCUUUUUGGGUAGUGUUUAUCGUGAAGUACGUCAGGCUUUGUUGGAUAUGCAAGCCAUGUUUACACUGAUGAAUGUGGAUAGUCGUGUCAAUGCUCCGGUGAAUGCUCCCCCCUUGCUGUUGGGUCCCGAUAAUGCUUCGAUUGAAUUUAAAAAUGUUAAUUUUGAAUAUGAACCGGGCAAGCCGAUUUUUAAAGAUUUAUCCUUUGUAAUACCGGCUGGAAAGAAUAUUGCAUUUGUUGGUGGUUCCGGUUCGGGGAAAUCAUCAAUGGUUCGCUUGUUAUUUAGAUUUUUCGAACCUAAUUCGGGUAAAAUAUUGAUUGGUGGACAGGAUAUCAGUGAAGUGGAUAUUGAUAGUUUAAGGAAGUCGAUAGCUGUGGUGCCGCAGGACUCUGUGUUAUUCCACGAUACCAUCAAACACAAUAUUCAUUAUGGCAAUUUGAGUAAGAGUCAGGAAGAUGUUGAAAAUGCAGCACGCAUGGCCGAUUUGCAUGACAACAUUAUGGGUUGGCCCAAGAAGUAUCAAACGCAGGUGGGUGAACGUGGUCUAAAACUUUCUGGUGGCGAAAAACAACGGGUAGCCAUCGCCAGAGCCAUAUUGAAAAAUUCACCAAUAUUGAUAUUUGAUGAAGCCACCAGCAGUUUAGAUUCCAUUACAGAACAUAAUAUUCUGCAAGCCUUGGCGAGAGCCACGAAAGGUCGUACCAGCAUAUGUAUUGCCCAUCGUUUAUCCACUGUCAUGGAUGCUGAUGAGAUUUUGGUAUUGGAAAAUGGUCAGGUCGGUGAGCGUGGCACUCAUGCUGAGUUGCUUAAGAAAAAUGGUCUCUAUGCUCGGCUCUGGGAAACACAGACACAACAAUUUUGAUUCGAAACAAAAGGUUAGGUGUUGAAAAAUAUCUAAUUGUAAAUAGAUAUGUUACAAAAACAAAGUUACUGCCUUUUGUUUUAGUCAUAAAUGUUAUGCAGAAUGUGUUUUUAUUAGUAUUAAGUGUUUUUGUUUCUCUGGUUUAAUUUGUAAUUUAGUUGUAAUUGUACCAACGACCAUAAGACGAUAACCACAAAAAAUUAAAUAUUUAAGAUAAUAGUAACGGUUGAAUUCCUCCCUAGAUAAUAAUGUAUGUAACAAAGAUUUUACCUGUUAAGUACAUUUUGUGUAUAUACAACAAAGAAAAUGGAAAAAACGUCACCUUCCUCCCAAAUAAAUGAAAAAAAGUAAAAAAA